UUCAUUUUGAUCUUAUAGAAAUAUUCUUCAACAAAGAAAAAAUGAAUGAAAAGAUAGAUGCUGAUUUGAUGGAAAGUGGAGAAUAUGAAGACGACUUUGAAAAGGACCUCGAGUGGUUAAUUAAUGAAGAAGAAAAAAAUCAUGUCGGCAUGAUUGAGAUACCUAGUGAAAAGGAAGAAGUUUCUAACCAAGAACUGAAUGAGGACGAUGGAGGAGAGGAUACAAAACAGCUUCCUGACCAUGACAAAGUAUCAAAGGAUGAGAUGUCACUGAGGCGAAAUAACUUCAUCUCUGUACCUAGCAUUCAACCUUUGGAUCCUGUAUCUGAUUCAGAUAGUGAAAACUCAUUCCAGGAGAGCAAGAUGGAAAGCCAAAAGGAUCUCGAUGAGGAAGAGGAUGAGGAAGUAAAGCGAUACAUUAUGGAAAAGAUUGUAAUGGCUAACAAGAUUCUGGAGACUCAAGAGCCUGUCAAUGAAAAGAGAGAAAGAAAACUGAAAUUCAAGGACAACUUAAUAGAUCUGGAAGUGCCCCCACUGGAAGAUACGGAGAGUUACAGAAAUGAUUAUGAAAAUGAGAGAGAUGUGUCUGGAAAACUGUCACAGCUACGUAUUUCUGGUGACCUUAGACCAGAGAGUGUGCUCCUUUCACUGACUAAUGGCAGUAGUGAGGACUAUAAGGAUGGAAAGAUACUGGUGGAGAGAGAUGGGAAGUUUGAGCUUCUGAGUUUACAAGACAUUGAGAGCCAGGGCUUUUUGCCCCCCAUUAAUGUUAACAUUACUGAGAUUGAAAAUCAGCAGUUAUCACCUCGAUCUUCUAACUCAGCUACCAAUGGGAUGAUUGGGAUUAAAAAGGAAGACAUUCUAGUAAAGUCACACGUUAUCCACACAUCCACAGGUGAACCGCUGGUUUAUUUUCCCCAACCUCCACCCAAUCCCAAAUACCGUCCAAGCUCAGCAGUUAACACACGAAGAAGCAAAGGGAGUGGAAAAUCGAGCCGCAGAGUACAAUCUGCAAAUAUAUCACCAAUAAACUCAACCUACUGUCUUUCACCUCGACAGAAAGAGCGACAAAAACAGAUAGAACUGAGGAAAGAAAAACUAAAGAGAGAGGAAGAACAACGGAAAAGAGAAGAGGAGAAAGAAAAGAAACGAGAGAAUGAGAUGGUCUUUAAAGCUUGGUUGCAGAAGAAAAAGGAACACUUCAUGGAAAUGCGAAGAAUUCAGAGGGCAAAGGAAAUGGAAGACAUGAAUAGCAGACAAGAAAACAGAGAUCCCCAGCAAGCUUUCCGAUUGUGGCUUAAAAAAAAGCAUGAAGAACAGAUUAAAGAAAGACAGAUUGAAGAACUGAGGCGGCAGGAGGAGUGUUUGUUCUUUCUUCGAGGGGCAGAAGGCCGUGACAGGGCGUUUAAACAAUGGCUAAAAAGAAAACGAAUAGAAAAGCUGGUGGAGCAGCAGGCCGCCAAGGAGAGAGCCAGGCAGCUGCGUGUUGAAGCCCGGCGAGCCAAACAGCUACAGAACCUCCUUUACAACAUUUCAGAAACCAAACCCUUUCGUUUCACCGACCAUUACAGUUGAAGGUGUCUGUCUGCACCGGAUCCUUACAUCGGUAGCCAGUGUCCCCUCACAGCGGCAGAUGUCAUUCCUUGUUCUGGUCUGUGUGCUAUGGUCAUGUCCUAAAUGAUGGGAAAAUAUAUUCACCCUUCAGUGACAGUGAAUUUAUCUAUUUUUUUAAAAUCCUAGAACUGAAUAAAUGCCUUUUAUUUCACUGUUGUAAAGUAUUCCACAUGCAUUGUUUCAAACAAAUUAAAUGGAACAAGAUGAAUAAAAUCUGUUUUCACUAGUUUU